AUGGCCGCGAGUUCAUCAUCCCGUGCAGGAAACAAUGGGGGCAAGAAGACGUGUCAGUUCAAACUGGUUCUGCUGGGUGAAUCUGCUGUCGGUAAGUUAUUUUAUUAGCGUUUUACUCUUUUAGGCAUUCAACAAAAGUUCUAAUUGGAGAAUCUUUAGUCUUUGUUAUGUCAAUUGAUUGUUUUACUUUAAAUUUGCUUUUGCAAAUUUUAUGUGCUGUUAGCAAUAAUAAUGUCGUUUUAAUUAAACGGAUGGCAAUAUUAAUAAUGUAUUUACAUUAUAGGAAAGUCGUCAUUGGUGCUAAGGUUUGUUAAAGGACAGUUUCACGAAUACCAGGAGUCAACGAUUGGAGCUGCAUUUUUAACUCAGACCAUAUCAGUAGAUGAUAAUACUGUUGUGAAGUUUGAGAUCUGGGACACAGCCGGCCAAGAGAGGUACCAUUCUUUGGCUCCCAUGUACUACAGAGGUGCUCAAGCUGCUAUUGUUGUAUACGACAUUACUAAUCAGGUAAGUUCUUAAUAUUUUUGGGGAGUUGGUCUUAUAAACGUGUAUAAGUACUUGUUCUGCAGGAAUGCUAUAUUUUUUGAGAACUUGGCGUGAAAAGCACUUGUAUUGAUUGUUAUUUUACUUUUUCUUGAAAAGUUCAAUAGAAAACUUAUUUUUCUAGGAAUCUUUCGCCAAAGCCAAAAAUUGGGUGAAAGAAUUGCAAAGACAAGCCAAUCCCAACAUUGUGAUCGCUUUGUCAGGAAACAAGGCCGAUCUAGCCGCGAAGAGAGUGGUCGAAUAUGAGGUUUGUUUAUUUUGGUUUGAUCUGAACUUCUGUGUUUAGGAGGCACAAGCAUACGCCGAAGAUAAUGGACUUUUAUUUAUGGAAACUUCAGCCAAAUCGUCGAUGAACGUUCAAGAUAUUUUCUUAGCCAUCGGUAAGGUCUUACAUUGAAUUUGAAUCAAUGACGUUUAGAAUUGUUAUGUCAAGGCGGUUUUUAUGAUAAGACUUGUUUUUUAAGGUAUUAAAAAUUUGGUUUUCGUUAGACAUGAAAAAUAACUUACUAUGUUAGAUGGGUAGUUUUGAUUUAAGGUUAAUAUUGUAUUGGAAAUUAAUUUUGACGUAGUUUACAUUUUAUAAAGGUACUUUUUAUACAUUUUCUUACCUAUUAACGGGUUUCUAUUUCGAACACUAGGUCAAACACGUCUUAAAUCGAAAAUUAGACGAAGAGGAUUAAAUCAUUUGAAUUUACAUAGUUUUGCUUUGAAUUUAAUAUUUCAGCGCGGAAACUGCCUAAAAACGAAGGAGGAGGCGGCCCAGCUGGACGUGGCCACGGCGGCGUGAAUAUAAGCGACGAACCCGCCCAAACCAAUAAGACGUCUUGCUGUUCUAAAGCUUGA